UUUUCCCAGGAUUCCUGGAAAUUUCUGGUUGGAGAAGUUGUCCAUGUUCACAUUGGACAAGAGGAAGCCAAGACCAGAGAAAUGACAGUGUCCUAUGUGAAGAAGCUUUCAUCUACUCUGCUGGAUGCCAUCACCGACAAGGAUCCCAUGGUUCAGGAACAGGUCUGUGGUGCUCUGUGCUCCCUUGGGGAGGCGCAGCCAGGGGAGACACUCUGUGCCUGUGAGGAGUAUCUGCGGCAGCAUGACAAGCUGGCGCAUCCAUAUAGAGCAGCAGUCCUGAGGGCCAUGGAGACAGUCCUGAACUGUCACAUCAGCGAACUGGACAAGGACACAGCUAGCACCAUCAUCCUUCUGGCCUCCAGUGAGAUGACCAAGACAAAGGAACUGGUCUAUGACUGGCAGCAGGCAGCAAGCAGCGUCCUUGUGGCUGUGGGAAAGCGGUUCAUCAACAGGGUUAUGGAGGAGAUGCUGAGCAGGUUCCAGCCUGGGGUGCUGCCGCACUGUUUUGUUGUGCAGACGCUUGCCAGCCUCUCUGUGUCCAACGUAUUUGGCAUGGUCCCCUUCCUGCCGUCCAUCCUGAGCACCAUGCUGCCCAUGCUGGGCAUGGCUAAGCAGGACACGAUGAGAGUGGUGUUCUGCUCUGCUCUGCAGCACUUCAGUGAGGGCACCCUGGAGUACCUCGCCAACCUGGACCAAGCCCCAGACCCCACAGUUAGGAGGGAUGCUUUUGCUACCGACAUCUUCAGUGCUUAUGACAUUCUGUUCCACCACUGGUUGCAGAGUCGAGAAGCCAAGCUCCGGCUGGCCGUUGUGGAGGCUCUGGGGCCCAUGACCCACCUGCUGCCCAGUGAGAGGCUGGAGGAGCAGCUCCCCAAGCUCCUCCCUGGGAUUCUUGCCCUCUACAAGAAGCAUGCUGAAGCCUUCUACGUGUCCAAGAGUCUGGGCCAGAUCCUUGAAGCAGCCGUGAGUGUGGGCAGCCGCACACUGGAAGCCCAGCUUGAUGCCCUUCUGGCUUCACUGCAUGUCCAGAUCUGUGUGCCUGUGGCAUCCUCAAGCCCCCUCGUGAUGAGCAACCAGAAGGAGGUGCUACGCUGCUUCACUGUGCUAGCCUGCAGCUCACCUGACCGCCUACUGGCCUUCCUGCUGCCCAGGCUGGACACCAGCAACGAGAGGAUCCGUGUGGGCACCCUACAGAUAGUGAGGCACGUCAUCAACUCAGCCGCUGCUCAGAUGGAAGUUAAGAAGCCCUUCAUUCUCUCUUCUAUGAGGCUUCCUCUUCUGGACACCAACAACAAGGUGAAGCGGGCUGUGGUGCAGGUGAUCAGCGCCAUGGCCCACCAUGGCUACCUGGAGCAGCCUGGAGGCGAGGCGAUGAUCGAAUACAUCGUGCAACAGUGUGCGCUGCCCCCAGAGCAGGAGCCUGAGAAGCCUGGCCCUGACAGUGAGGACCUCGCAACUGACAGUGUGCAGGCCGUCUGCAUCCGUACCCUCUAUCUGGUCAGCACCACCGUGGACAGGAUGAGUAACGUCCUCUGGCCAUACCUGCUCGAGUUCCUCAUCCCCAUGCGCUUCACCCGGGCCCUGACUCCGCUCUGCAGGAGCCUUGUGCAUCUGGCGCAGAAGAGGCAGGAGGCCGGGGCUGAUGCCUUCCUCAUCCAAUACGACACCCAUGUGAACCUCCCAUCUCCCUACGCCAUAACCACAAGACUUCUGGUUGUGUCUUCUAACCCCUACCUGGGGGACGGACGUGGGGCAGCCUCGCUGCGUCUCCUGAACGUUUUGCACUGUAACAUUCACCCUUUGCUGGGUCAGCGGUGGGAGACAACCAUCCCCCUGCUGCUGGGGUACCUGGAUGAGUACACUGAGGAAACCCUGCCACAGAAGGAGUGGGAAGAAAAGCUGUUGAUGUUCCUGCGAGAUACUCUGGCUAUUGUCUCUGACAACACGUGGAUUUGCCAGCUGAGCCUGGAGAUGUGCAAGCAGCUACCCUGUUACAACGGGAUGCCUCAGGAGAAGAACUUCCUGUACAAAUGCAUAGGAACCACCCUAGGUGCUGCUUCAAGUAAGGAAGUGGUGAGGAAACAUCUUCAAGAGCUGCUGGAAACAGCCAGAUACCAGGAGGAAGCAGAACGUGAGGGCCUUGCCUGCUGCUUUGGAAUCUGUGCCAUCUCCCACCUCGAGGACAUCCUGGCCCAGUUGGAAGAUUUUGUGAGGUCGGAUGUGUUUAGAAAAUCCAUGGGCAUUUUCAACAUUUUUAAGGAUCGAAGUGAGAACGAGGUGGAGAAAGUGAAGAGUGCACUGAUCCUGUGCUAUGGACAUGUGGCGGCACGGGCCCCCCGCGAGCUGGUGCUGGCCAAGGUCGAGUCGGAUAUCCUCCGGAACAUGUUCCAGUACUUCAACACCAAGGUUCUGGGAAUAAAGGUAGAGACCAAGGACCCAGCCCUGAAGCUAUGCCUCAUCCAGAGCACGUGCAUGGUCAGCCAGGCCAUCUGCAGUGGCGCCCAUGCCAGUUCCUUCCACUUCUCCAGGAAAGCGGACCUGGUGGCACAGAUGAUGGAGUUCAUCAAGGCAGAGCCCCCGGACUGCCUAAAAACACCUAUCCGGAAGAAAGCCAUGCUCACCUGCACUUACCUGGUCAACUUGGAGCCAGCACUAGAGGAACAGGUUCGGGCAAAUAUGAUCCGUGGCUGCCUAAACAGUGUCAUGACCCUGCUGCCUGAGCCCGAGGGAGAAGAUGGUGGCUGCCAAGAGUCGCUGUAUCUGGACACGAUGCAUGCCCUUGAGGAUUUGCUGACAAGCCUCCUACAGCGGAACAUGACCCCCCAGGGCCUGCAGGUCAUGGUUGAGCACCUGAGCCCAUGGAUCAAGUCCCCGAGGGGCCACGAGCGGGCACGGGCUCUUAGCCUGAGUGCCUGCCUGCUACGGUACUUCCUGGAACACCUGCGCGUCAGCGCCCUGGUGCCCUUCCACAACCUGGGCCUCCUCAUUGGCCUCUUCUCCCCACGGUGUGCGGACCUGUGGCCGGCCACCCGACAGGAGUCUGUGGGCUGCGUCUACUCCCUGCUCUAUCUUCAGCUGGGCUACGAGGGCUUCUCCCGGGACUACCGUGACGAUGUGGCAGAGCGACUCCUCACUCUCAAGGAUGGCCUUGUGAAUCCUGACCCCACUAUUCUCUUUCACACCUGCAACAGUAUAGCCCAGAUUAUUGCCAAGCGCCUCCCGCCAGACCAGCUCAUCAGCUUCUUGCUAACCAUGUUUGAGGGCCUGGGAGACCCUGACAAGAACUGUUCCCGAGCAGCCACGGUCAUGAUCAACUGCCUGCUACAAGAGAGGGGUGGUACACUCCUGGAAAAGGUGCCUGAGAUUGUGAGUGUGCUACGUUCCAAGCUGCAGGAGACCCAGGGGGAGCACGUCCUGCCAGCUGCCCAACACAGCAUAUACCUCCUGGCAUCCCAGCACUGUGCAGCUGUGGUGUCCAGCCUCCUGGGCAGCCCCCUGCCCUUCGACAGCCACACCUGCACACUGUGGCGGGCACUGGCCGUGGAGCCCAGCCUCGCCACCCGGGUCCUAGAGCUGCUCCUGGAGAAGAUAAGCAAAGAUGUGCCAUUCAAAGAAAGCCGGGCCUUCCUGCUGGGCAGUGCUCCUGACCGUGUGGCCACACUGCUGCCCCUCUCGGCCACCUGUGCAUUGUACGAGGUCGUGUCUGCUCCAGCAUCGGGGCCUGCAGUGCAUGAGCUCUAUCCCCAGCUGUUUGUGGCACUUCUGUUGCGCGUCAGCUGCACCAUGGGUGUCCAGCUGCCCCGGAACCUGCAGGCCAGGGAGAGGAGGGGCACCAGCCCAGCCCCGUUCACCAGAAACUUGGAGCCCUGCAGCUCUGCAGUGGACGCUCUGCGGGUCGUGCUGCUUCGAGGUGGCAGUGAGGAUGUGGUGCAGUGCAUGGAGCUAGAGGGAGGCUGGGAGCUGCUCAGGGCCUCGGCAGGGCACGAGGAGGGGACCACCCGGCUGGCCAGGGCCAUGGCCCAGUGUGUGGGUCCCCGGCUCCCCCAGGUGAUGAAGGCUCUGGUAUGUGCACACAGCAGUGCUUACGAGAUCCAGAGGGUUACCUGCACAGCCUUCCUGGCUGAGUUGCUCAACAACAAUGUGGUCAAUGACCUGAUGCUCCUGGAGUCACUGAUGGACAACCUGGCAGCCCGGCAGAAGGAUAAAUGUGCCAGCGUGCGGCGGCUGGUGCUCCGUGGCCUGGCCAACUUGGCCUCUGGAUCCCCUGACAAGGUGCGGGCACGUGGCCCACAGCUCCUGACAGCCAUGAUCAACGGGCUGGACGACGGGGAUGACCCACAGAGCUUAGUGGCCUUGGAGGCCAUGACAGGCCUUGCACGGCUGCUGCACCUGGUGGAGCCCUGGGACCUACGCUCAGUGUUGCUGCACGUCGCCAUCCGCAUCCGGCCCUUCUUCGACAGCGAGAAGAUGGAGUUCCGGGCAGCAUCCAUCCACCUCUUUGGGCACCUUAACAAGGCAUGCCAUGGAGCCUGCGAGGACGUCUUCCUGGAGCAGGUCAUUGGCGGGCUGGUGCCCUUGCUGCUGCACCUGCAGGACCCUCAGGCCCCUGUGGCCAGUGCCUGCAGGUUCGCCCUGCGCAUGUGCGGCCCAAACCUGGAGUGUGAGGAACUGUCGACCACUUUCCAGAAGCACUUGCAGGAGGGUCGGGGCCUACACUUUGGGGAGUUCCUCAAUACCACCUGCAAGCACCUGACAUACCACUUCCCAGACCUGCUGGGUCGUCUGGUGAGCACCAACUUGUUCUACUUCAAGAGCAGCUGGGAAGACGUCCGUGCCGCUGCCCCCAUGUUCACAGGGUUCCUGGUGCUGCAUGCAGAGCCUGAGCACCGGCCGCAGGUGGACUUGGACCAGCUCAUCUUGGCACUCCAGCUCCUGCUCAAGGACCCAGCCCCCAUGGUGCGCACCAGGGCUGCAGAGGCCCUGGGUCGCCUGGUGAAGUUUGCCUGAGGCUCCAGCCAGCACCUCCUGCAAGCAAUACCCAGCUAGAUUCGUGCCUGCUCAGAUAGGGCCUCUGAGAAAGCCUGCCUGGACCUGGGUCAGGGACUGUUGGAGAUCAAACCUGAGCCUUCAGUGAAGGAGGUGCUGAAGGCCAGACAGGAUGGAGAAUAUAUGUGCCCAAUAAAGCCAUCUGCUCUCAGUGAUGGUGGGA